CCUGAUUUUCUUCUUCUGAGGGAGGGAGCUACCUCUGUCAUGUCACAGACAGACCUCUGUCGGUGUCAAGGCGGGUAGAUCUAAAGAGCUUUGUCUGAACUCUAGGAAACGCUUUGUUUUGGCUUGUUGUCGGCAACAAACUUACCUUUGGGCAAUGCGAAAGAAUCUCAUCGGAUUGACAGCUGUUAAACUCGCUCUGCUUUGCCAUCGAACGUUAGCUAACACUUGACAAAGAGCCUUAUGUCUUAUGCCUGUGAAUGCACUGAGAACACAUGAAAUAACGUUUUGAUAUUUUAGGUAAGUUCGUUACCGAUCAAAAGGCACGUAUAUCUUUUGGAAAUAUUGACUGCUUGUCGUCUGUCGGUGUAUUUUUGUGUGCACAAAGAUUUAUCUGGCAAAGACAUCAGGCUUUCAAAAUCAGCCAGUCUGCCUUGGAUUGAGUGCAUUUGAAACUAGACCAGCCAACGAUAGUAGUUCAAACGAUUGUAUGAUAGUUGCAGAAGCUACGAUAAACAACGUGAUCUGUUGACAAAUAGUAGUUUAAUUCAUUUUUGGUUGUGUUUAGUGUGAGGGAUGGUUACGAAUUUCCUUGACUGUACGGUGAAGCGUCUCCCUCUGUUAAGGUGGUUUAACAAACACGGAAUAUUUACCAAGGACAUCUUUGUCUGUCGAUAGAAUCGUUAUCAGAAUAAUAGGAUAUUGUUUUAUUUUUACUGGAAGGAUGAUUAAGUCAGUUUAUACACAAUACCCUCAGUAGUCUGCAGUGGUGGUCUAUUUGUAAACCUCUGCAGCAGCAGUUCCACCUUAAAAAAUUGAUGUCAGAGCUCAUGCGGUUUGCAUUUACGUCAACAACAUACAAAAGCUCAAACUGAAGGUGUAUUCAUUUUUCAUAUGCCCCGCACGAUUUUGAUGCUGUAUAGUCCGCCUAGAGAGAAACCGAAAUCGGCCACGACCAUUUUUUCUCCGGGAGCCAAACAAAAAGAAGACGUUGGAGACUCAAAGAACAUCUGUGCCCAUCCGUUGCCGAGAGUGAGGCCGAGGCCCGGGCAGCCCACGGAGAGCAGCGCCAUGAUGGAGGGCGGCAUGCAGCUGCUAAACCGCGACGGCCACAGCAUCUCCCACAACUCCAAGCGCCACUACCAUGACUCGUUCGUUUCCAUGAACCGCAUGCGGCAGCGCGGCCUGCUCUGCGACAUCGUGCUGCACGUGGCCAGCAAGGAGAUCAAGGCGCAUAAGGUGGUGCUGGCCUCCUGCAGCCCCUACUUCCAUGCCAUGUUUACCAGUCGCCACCUGCAGAGCCUCUCCUACCCCCCUUCCUCUCCUCCCCUGCGCCUCGCACUAGAUGAUGAGAUGUCGGAGAGUCGGCAGACCCACGUCACCCUCCACGACAUCGAUCCCCAGGCUCUGGAGCAGCUGGUGCAGUACGCCUACACAGCUGAGAUCGUGGUGGGGGAGGGCAACGUGCAGACGCUGCUCCCGGCCGCCAGCCUCCUGCAGCUGAAUGGUGUGCGGGACGCCUGCUGUAAGUUCCUCCUGAGCCAGCUGGACCCCUCCAACUGCCUGGGCAUCAGGGGCUUCGCCGACACGCACUCCUGCAGCGACCUGCUCAAGUCCGCCCACAAGUACGUGCUGCAGCACUUCGUGGAGGUGUCCAAGACCGAGGAGUUCAUGCUGCUGCCCCUCAAACAGGUGCUGGACCUGAUCUCCAGUGACAACCUGAACGUCCCGUCGGAGGAGGAGGUGUACCGGGCAGUGCUCAGUUGGGUGAAGCACGACAUUGACAGCCGACGGCAGCACGUCCCUCGGCUGAUGAAGUGUGUGCGUUUACCUCUGCUGACGCGGGACUUCCUGAUGAGUAACGUGGACACAGAGCUGCUGGUGCGCCACCACUCGGAGUGUAAGGACCUGCUCAUCGAGGCGCUCAAGUACCACCUGAUGCCCGAGCAGAGGGGCGUGCUGAGCAACAGCCGCACGCGCCCACGACGCUGCGAGGGGGCCAGCCCUGUGCUCUUCGCCGUGGGCGGGGGCAGUCUGUUCGCUAUCCACGGAGAUUGUGAGGCCUACGACACCAGGACUGACCGCUGGCAUAUGGUGGCGUCCAUGUCCACAAGGCGGGCACGGGUUGGUGUGGCGGCUAUCGGGAACAAACUCUACGCGGUGGGAGGGUACGACGGAACCUCUGACUUGGCAACUGUUGAGUCAUACGAUCCGGUAACCAAUGCCUGGCAGCCGGAGGUUUCCAUGGGGACCCGGCGCAGUUGCCUGGGCGUGGCAGUGCUGCACGGGCUGCUGUAUGCGGCUGGGGGCUACGACGGAGCCUCCUGCCUCAACAGUGCUGAGCGGUACGACCCUCUGACCAGCACGUGGACAUCCAUCGCUGCCAUGAGCACCCGCAGGAGAUAUGUCCGAGUGGCUAUGUUAGAUGGCAGUCUGUAUGCUGUUGGUGGUUAUGAUAGCUCCUCGCAUCUAGCUACAGUGGAGAAGUAUGACCCUCAGAGUAACACCUGGACCGCCAUCGCCAACAUGCUGAGUCGCCGCAGCAGCGCUGGGGUUGCCGUGCUGGAGGGGAUGCUCUACGUCGCCGGGGGUAACGACGGUACUAGCUGCCUGAACUCGGUGGAGCGCUACAACCCCAAGACCAACACGUGGGAGGGCGUGGCGCCUAUGAACAUCCGCAGGAGCACGCACGACCUAGUGGCCAUGGACGGUUGGCUGUACGCGGUGGGGGGCAACGACGGCAGCUCCAGCCUCAACUCCAUCGAGAAGUACAACCCGCGCAGCAACAAGUGGGUGGCGGCCUCCUGCAUGUUCACGCGGCGGAGCAGCGUGGGCGUGGCCGUGCUGGAGCUGCUCAACUUCCCGCCGCCGUCCUCGCCCACGCUCUCCGUCUCCUCCACCAGCCUCUGACAACGAGUCAAGACCCGGCUGACUGCCCCCAGUCUGCCCUGCGUGGCCAAGCGACGCAACUGCUCCGUCUGAAGAGGGGUGGUGGUGGUUGUGGUCGUCCACCACCCUUGUCCAUCGAGUGGUCCUCACACCUUUCUACGUAAGCAGGGGGAAGCCAACCUGUUCAAAGCUCAACCUCAACACCUUCUGUCUGUCGAUGGUUGGUAGAAGCAUUCCUGGGAGAGGGAGAGGUAACGCUAAAAGAACAAAAAAAAAAUCACAAAAAAAAGAGAAAAAUAUCAUAAUAACUUAAAAUGUACUAAAUUAAAAACCCCUUACUGCCUUGAGAAUUAACCUCACAGACCCUCCCACUCCUGUCUACUUCCUCUUCCCUCUGCCUCGUACCUUGCGCUUCGCAGCGCAACGAUACGGUCACUUAAUUUGCGGUCACUUUAAAAAGUGUUAUGUCUUGUGGAUUUGUAUUUUGUUUUACCCACUUCUGUGUUAGUUCUGUGUCUAAUUUAAAAAAAAAAGAUAUCAUGAUAUUGCAAUAAUAUAUAACGCGAUGAAUGAAUGAUUUCACCUAGGAAUGUCGCUAUAGGCCGGAUCUGCCACGCAUGUUUUCUGAGAUUCCUUUCUGGGCAGAAAUUUCAAACGUGAGGGGAAAAAAUUGUGUAGUGCUACCAUGCCACACUAGGUGGCAGAGAUGUGCAAUGUUUCCCACUCUCGAUGCAGACAUGCAUGGACACUAGGAGGCAAAAUCUAUGCCUCCACACUAAACUAAACGGUUCACAGAGGCUGAAAGGUUUUGAUUUUUUAUUUUACUGUACUUGUAUUUUCUUAUUGGUGACGUGAAAAAUCGAUAGGAAAAAAAGAAUUUUAAAGAUACGACUCGGAGGUUCAGGUUGACCACUGCUGCCCUUUUGAAGGAAGCCAUAUAGUUUGUUUCAUUAGCUGUAGUGUUCAGUAAUGAGCCAUCGAGAGAUUAAUCAUGGAUGUGAUCAGACCUUUUUUCCAUAAUCCGUUACGAAACGUGGUCGUAACGUGGUCAUAACAUUUAGUCCGAGACUUCUCCUCUUCGAGAAAUCUCUGACUCAUUGAUAUUCUUUUAAGUUGUGAAAAAAAUGGUUUGCAGUGUCCACAGGUACAGAAUGGGUGUCUUAACUAACCCAUUGGAUGACUUCACAUCACUCUGUGGAAAAAGAGAAACCUCCUGCCUUGUAGUCACACACAGCUUAAGUGCUGACCUAACAGUGUACUGUCUUUUAUGGGGCAUACCUCAGCCAAACCACGCACAGGGCUUGGCAAGGAGCAUGUUGAGUCGCACGUUUCCUUCAGUGUGUACUCUUUUAAGCUUGCCUCUGUGCACAUUGUAAGCUCUACAGAGUCAGUGGCCCCAAUUGUCCUUGAUUGUCAACGCAUUACAUGCAGAGCUGUUUAUUUCUCUGAGGAAAAGUGUACAUGAAAGCGAGAGUUUUGAAUGUUUUUAUGUUUUUCUUUUUGUUGUUGUUUUUUUUUUUAAGUUCAGUGUGGAGUGCUUUGGGAGAACUAGCAGGGCAGUGGCGUUGUUAUGCCACUGGAUACGUCAGGUUAAAACGCACAGGUCCGUCAGAGCUGAAUUUAUCAGUGAAGGAGUUUCUUCACACGGUUAGUGUUGUGUAGUGUCAAUAAAACAAUGUAGCAUAAUACAGCACGAUUGCAAACUUCUAAGAAGUUACAAGUCUUUUUUCCUUUUUUUGAAGGAUUUUUGUUAAUGUAAACUCAACCAACUACAGGUCAGUAGAGAAAGGCUACAUACAUAUGAAAGUGUGGAAGGUUCCAGAAAUAUUUAUAGCAUUUAUGGGUCUUGUUCACCAUGAGAUCAACAACAACAGUGAACAUAAACUGUAAUAAGACUCUAUACUACAGCCUUUCCAAAAUGAAAAUGCAGAAAGACAACAAAAAGAAAUAUGUACAUAACCAAAUACCUAUAAAACCUGACUUAAAAUUUUUGUGCAAUGUUGAAGAAGUAAAAGUGAGCUUCAUUUCUGUUGAAAAGAAUUGUUGUUUAAAUGUCUUGUGGUGUAUUGUUUAUUUAUAUUGUGAUGUUAUGUUUGUUAUAUUUAUGAAGAAACUGAAAAAAAUAUAAAUGAUUUUUUGCACUAUUGUUAAAUGGAGCAAUACACUGCUGUAUAAUAAUUAUAAAAGGAAAAGAAUAAAUCCUAUUCCAGGUGAGACAUCAA